AUGGCUCCGGCAAACACCCUCCCCGCGUGGAGCGAGCUCCAGGCUCACCGCGACGACGUGGCCAAGAGCUUCGUCCUCAAGGAGGCCUUUUCGUCCGACGCCGACCGCUUCAGCCGCUUCUCGCGCACCUUCAAGGCCGCCGGCUCGGCCGACAUCCUCUUCGACUUCAGCAAGAACUUUUUGACCAACGAGACGCUCGACCUGCUGGUCAAGCUGGCCGAGCAGGCCGGCGUCGAGCGCAAGCGCGAUGCCCUGUUCCGCGGCGACAAGAUCAACUUCACCGAGAACCGCGCCGUCUUCCACCCCGCGCUGCGGAAUGUCGGCGGCUGGGACAUGAAGGUCGACGGCGUGGACGUCAUGAGCGGGCCCAACGGCGUCAACAGCGUGCUGGACCACAUGAAGGACUUUUCCGAAAAGGUCCGCAGCGGCGAGUGGACUGGCUUCACCGGCAAGAAGCUGACCAACAUUGUCAACGUCGGCAUCGGCGGCUCUGAUCUCGGCCCCGUCAUGGUCACCGAGGCUCUCAAGUACUAUGGCGCCCCCGACAUGACCCUCCACUUCGUCUCCAACAUCGACGGCACCCACAUGGCCGAGGCCCUGAAAGCCUCUGACCCCGAGACCACCCUCUUCCUCGUUGCCUCCAAGACCUUCACCACCGCAGAGACCACCACCAACGCAAACACCGCCAAGUCAUGGUUCCUCGAGAAGACGGGCGGCAAGGGAGACGUCGCCAAGCACUUUGUUGCCCUGUCCACCAACGAGGCCGAGGUCACCAAGUUUGGCAUCGACAGCGCCAACAUGUUUGGUUUCGAGAGCUGGGUCGGCGGCCGCUACUCUGUGUGGAGCGCCAUCGGCCUGAGCGUUGCCCUGUACGUCGGCUACGACAACUUUUACAAGUUCCUCAGCGGUGCCCACGCCAUGGACAAGCACUUCCGCGAGACUCCCCUGAAGGAGAACAUUCCCGUCCUUGGAGGUCUGCUGAGCGUCUGGUACUCCAACUUUUUCCAGGCUCAGACUCACCUGGUUGCUCCCUUCGACCAAUACCUUCACCGAUUUGCUGCCUACCUCCAGCAGCUGUCCAUGGAGUCCAACGGCAAGGGCAUCACUUCCGAUGGUUCCACCGCAAAGUACACCACUGGCGCUAUCCUGUUUGGCGAGCCCUGCACCAACGCUCAGCACUCCUUCUUCCAGCUGGUCCACCAGGGCACCAAGCUGAUCCCCGCCGACUUCAUCCUGGCGGCCAAGUCUCACAACCCCAUCCACGACAACCUGCACCAGAAGAUGCUGGCAUCCAACUACUUUGCCCAGGCCGAGGCCCUCAUGGUCGGCAAGACUGACGAGCAGCUCCGAGCUGAGGGCACCCCCGAGGAUCUCAUCCCUCACAAGCGCUUCCUCGGCAACCGACCAACCACAUCCAUCCUGGUGGGCGAUGUCAUCGGCCCGGCCGAGCUGGGUGCCCUGAUUGUCUACUACGAGCACCUGACUUUUGUCGAGGGUGCCAUCUGGGACAUUAACAGCUUCGACCAGUGGGGCGUUGAGCUGGGCAAGGUGCUUGCCAAGAAGAUUCUCAAGGAGCUCGACGAGCCCGGCAACGGCGAGGGCCACGAUGUUUCCACCGGUGGCCUGAUUGGAGCUUUCAAGCAGUUUGCCAAGAUUUAA